CACUCAUAUGUCCGAAGAGUUCAUCGUAUUUUAUUUGAGCAAUUUACAGACAAAUAUUCGUAUUUAUAAGUGAACAUAGUCUUCUUUUAAAGUACAACGAAACUAUUCAAUUGUUCCUAAUUAUUCUUCCCAAUGGCGUUGCCAGUACUACCACAGAAAAAAUAUUACAGACAGCGUGCACAUUCUAACCCAAUCGCCGACCAUUGUUUUGAGUAUCCCACUCAUCCAGAUGAUUAUGAUUGGUCGGUGUUAUACCCUACAAUUAACAAUGAAAAAAAAGAUAAACAAGUUGAGUUUCUGGAUGUUGGAUGUGGCUACGGAGGACUUUUAGUUACUCUGUCACCAAUGUAUCCGGAAAACCUUAUGCUGGGGUUGGAGAUCCGUGUGAAAGUUUCCGAUUAUGUAAAUGACAGGAUUCAAGCGCUAAGAUUGCAGCAUACUGACCAGUACCAAAAUGUAGCUGUGUUAAGAACAAAUGCUAUGAAGUAUCUGCCUAAUUUCUUCCAUAAAGGACAACUCAAGAAGAUGUUCUUUUUGUACCCAGAUCCACAUUUCAAGAAGGCAAAACAUAAAUGGAGAAUUAUCAAUAAAUGGUUGCUCUCUGAAUAUGCCUACGUGCUUGCUGAGCAGGGUAUAGUUUAUACUAUAACAGAUGUGAAGGAUUUGAAUGAAUGGAUGGUGUUUCAUUUUGAAGAACAUCCAUUAUUUGAAAGGAUUCCUGAUGAAGAAUUGAAGUCCGAUCCAAUAGUUGAGAAAUUAUUUGAGAGUACUGAAGAGGGGAAAAAAGUAACUCGAAACAAUGGAGAUAAAUUUGUAGCUGUGUUCAGAAGGAUUGCUGAUAGAGUAUGAAAUGUUAAACGCUUGUUGAAUGACAAAAUCACUUUAUUUUGUUACACUUAUUACGUAAUAAAGGGUUAUGAUAACAGAGAAAAAUA